CUCGUCUUGCAUCACAGUGGCUCUGGUUGUCUGCAGAGUGAGAAAGCGAGAGGGAAGGAGCCACGAGGAGUGAGAAAAAGGGGAACAGCGAGCGCUAUAUACCACGCUUGUCGAAGAACUGAGACCUAGAAAGCUACAUUUUCAUGGACAAUCUCUCCCAUUCUCGCCUCCCCAACAGGGGUUCUACCUCCGUUUCUAAGAACAUCUGCAAUGGCAGUAAUGGCGGUGGCGCUUUUGUACCUCACACUAUCUACGACGACGUGUAUGGAGGUCCUCCCAAGUUUGGGGUCUCUGCUUUGUCUCCUCGCUUCGAAGACUACGGUGAGAUUUUCGGCAGCUUCCACGCCCUCCGCGCUUCCUCUAUUCCGAUUCUUGAUCUUCCUGCUGUCGAUGAAACCGAGGUCUUCUUCGACGCGCGGAGCUCAGCAUUCGACUAUGCGGACGUUUUUGGAGGCUUCGAUGGUCUAGAUUUUGCGAUUUCUUACGAGGAGCUCAUUGCCCCGUCCAAGGGCGUUGAUGAUGGUUCUUCCGACGAAGCUUGGACUCCAGCUGGAACUGAAUCUUUGUCAGACUGUUCGGAUCAUUCUGGAAAUUCUCAGUGCAUAUCAAAUGGAGACUCUAAUCAGUCAUUUAGUGAAAGCACUGAGUUUUGCAUUUCGUAUAACAAGGUUAACCGAGAAGGAAAUGGAAAUAUAUCAAAUGGGAAGACACAUGUAACCCAGUUGGAGAUGCUUCCUGGAUUCUCAUACCUGGUUGAUGAAGCACAGCCCUCAGCGAUGGGUACAGUUGAUGAUCCAUCACUGCAGACCAAUGAUGAUAGCUAUCUCAAUAUAGAUUUUAGUACUGGAAAGGUGAGGGGCAAACAUCCAAGGAACUCUAUGCCACCCCCACUAGACAGUAAUGGCUGUGGACAAUCAUUCAAGGAUAACCUUAUUUCUCAUAAUGGACAUGGCAGAGGUGUUUGUCGACCUUACGAGGAUUUCAUAACUGUAUCUGAAAUAAGUCUUAGAACGGAGCCCUCUCAAGUGCCCCCACCUUCUCGUCCACCUCCUAUGUUUGCUGCCCAAAAUGGGGACUGCACUAAAAUGACUUUGAAUUGUAGGGAAGCUGCUUCUGAAGUGAUAUUGGAUGGCCCUUCUCUUCCUUUGUUUGAUGUGGAGGUAGAUUCUAGCUCAUCUGCAGCAGCCUCUGCUGCAGCUAUGAAAGAAGCCAUGGAAAAAGCUCAAGCACAGUUGCAAAAUGCAAAAGAUUUGUGGGAGAGGAAGAAGGAAGGGGUCCAUGGACGGAUGAGAUUGGAUGCAAAAAAUGAUAUGAGGGAUAAAGAAGGACAUUUAACUAAGAUUCCAAAUCGAUGUAAGAAUUUGACCAAUGAAAAGGUGCAGGGUAUUGGUGAAAUUCAUGACCAUGAAAUGAAAGUGCCUGCUAGAGAGGAGAGGCAAAAGGAUGUGAAGGCAACUGAAGUUUGUUCAACGCCAUAUGGAGGAGAUGAAUUUCUAACAGUUGCUGAAAAGUAUUUACCAAAUAGAAGUGGGAGUAGAUUCCUUGCGUCGGACAAUUAUGGUUGCUGUAGUGAAUGGAAAGAAGCCACUGAGUUUUUUGUAUUGGCAGGAGCAGAUAUGCCCGAAAAGGAAUUUGAAUCAGUGAACAAUGAUGAGAUUUCCAAUUUUGUGAUUGGACAAAUGGGAGCAGAGACCAGCACCGAAGCAUGGGAGAACGAGAAAAAUAAAGACAAGCUAGGGAAACCAUUCCAUAAGGCUCAUCUUGUGAACGAUGAGGUGAAGAAUCUGGAGAAUAUAGUCCUUGGAAAGGAGAAAGAUAAGAUUAAACCAAAACCAAGUAAAAAUGAAACCAGGCAAAGAGAGGUGGUGAAAUUAAAAAUUCCGCAAGGUGUUUUCGAUCUUGAAGCAAAUGAUAAGAAAUUUGGAGUUGCUCAAGAGUUCGUGGAAGUAAAAAGGCCAAUGUCUGGUGCUAGUAAACUAGAGAAACUUGAAAAGCCUAUUGAGUUUAAACAACUGGAAAGUGAGUUAAGAGUUGAGCAACCUGUUUCACCAAAGGAUAUUGACGAAAAAAAGAAAAAUGCUGUUAAAGGAAAGGAAAAGGAAAAUAUUUUUAAGGAAUCUCAUAGAAAAGAAAAUAAUGAAAAUAAAAUGGAAGAAACCAUUGGGAAUGAGAAAAAAGAGAAACUACGGACAGAGACUUCUGAAAGGGAAAAACUUGAGCAAAAAAUGAGGAUGGUAUUCGAGCAACAAGAAAAUAAGGAAAGACUGAAUAUGGCUCUUGAGGAGGAAGAAGACUUGAAGGAACGGAUGGCUGGUGAAAGGCAACUGGAAGGAGUUCAUGAGAUGGAAGAUCAUGAGAAAAAAGAGAAUGAGGCUGUCAAAGUUGGAUUAAGUGAGAGAUUUAAAUUAGCUCAUGAGACAGAAGUUGACGUCAAAUGGUUAAAAGAUUUUCAGUACAGAGAAGAAUGUGAAAAAGGAGUUGAGGAUUUAUUUCAGCGGGUGAACAUAGAAGGCAUGCCAAGAGAUGUGGGUAAGUGCAAAGAGACUCAGAUGUUGGUUAAAGAUUCUCAAGAGAACGCAGAGCUCAAGGGUACAAGUAUGGUGCAUGAUGAAAUAGAGAGAUUGGACAGACAGAAAGUAAAUCCAACAAUAGGAACUCAAGCGUAUAUGGAAGUGGAGGAUUUGGGGAUAUCUACUGCUGCAUUUCAAAUGGAUGAUGACGAGAACCACUUACCCACAAUACUUGAUUUUUCAACGGGAGUAUCUCUAGAAUUUGCUGUUGUAGAUGAAAGUGGAGAGAGAGAGGCUAAAGUUAUUAUAAAUGAAAGUUCAUCAGAAAGUGGUGGAAUUGAAAAUCUGCAAUUUAACAAAGAUUCUUGUGCAUCGAGUUUGUUCCAGGCUGAGGUAGAACAUCAUAAAGUUCCAGUUAAAAUGGAAGAUGCAAAUAUUCCACUUCCUUUAGAUGAAUGGACCAAAAAAUCAGGGAAAGAAACAAGCUUUCAACCCAAACCUGACUAUACACAAGAAGAAGUAACUAAUUUGGAAGAUGCAGUUUCAUCUGAAAACUCAACAAGCAUGGAUGAGGGGGAGAAUGAAAUUGAAGAGAAUGAACUUAAGAUGGAAGAUAUGAAAACAUCACUUCCCCUAGAUAGAAGUGAUGAGAAAGCCGGUCAAGCUGAUGCUGGCAUGGAAGAAUUUAUUGGGAGAAUGAAGUUUGUCAGCAGAGUGGAUUCUGAUCCUGAACAUCCAGAAAGGAAACUGUUUGGUUGUAUGGAAGAUAAAACAAAGUCCUUUCACCAGGUUGAAGAAAAGGAACAGAAAGUGGCAGCUCAGGAGGUAAAUGUAAGGGCUGAUAAAGGAAGUGGAAUGGAGACAGCUCAGCCAACUAUUUCAGAAAGGAUACAUAAGAGCAGCAAAGUAUCCCAUGAAGUCAAUGCUAAUCAGCCCACCGAAAGAAAGGAAAAAAUUAUAAACCAGAGCCAUACAUCUAAAGGAAAAGAGAGCGAGAGAGUGAGGAGAGAAGCUGAAUUUGAAAAUGAUGUUCUUCGGAAAUUGGAAGAAGAAAGGGAAAGGGAAAGGGAGAGAGAAAAGGAUAGAAUGCCUAUUGACAGAAUUGCUCUUGAACCACGUGAUAGAGUAGGUGCUGAAGCUCGUGAAAGGGCAGAAAGGGCUGCUCUGGAGAGGAUGACUGCUGAAGCCCGGCAAAGAGCAUUGGCAGACGCACGUGAAAGAUUGGAAAAGGCAUGUGCAGAGGCGAGAGAAAACUCAUUUGCAGGAAAGACAACUAUGGAGGCAAGGGUAAAGGCAGAGCGUGCAGCAGUAGAGAGAGCAACUGCAGAGGCCAGGGAGCGAGCUGCGGAAAAAGUGAUAUCUGACAGAACUUCCUUUGGGGUGAGGGAGAGAAUAGAAAGAUCUGUUUCUGACAAAUUUUCUGCUUCUUCCCGAAAUAACGAAAUGAGACAGAAGUCUUCAUCUUCUGGUCAGCCCAGCCUACAAUCUCAGAGCUUUGGGUCUUCCAUUGCUUCACGAUAUGGCUACUACUCAGCUUAUGAUGAGAGGAACGAAGGAGUUGAUGGUGAGUCACCUCAAAGGUGUAAAGCCAGAUUUGAGAGGCAUCAAAGAACAGCAGAACGAGCAGCAAAAGCUCUAGCAGAAAAAAAUAUGCGUGAUCUUGUAGCACAAAGAGAGCAAGCUGAGAGAAAUAGAUUGGCUGAGACGUUGGAUGCUGAUGUUAGGAGAUGGUCAAGUGGGAAGGAAGGGAACUUGCGUGCCUUGCUUUCUACAUUGCAAUAUAUCCUUGGACCUGAUAGUGGUUGGCAGCCAAUUCCCUUAACUGAAGUUAUAACUGCCGCUGCUGUAAAGAAAGCUUACAGGAAAGCCACUCUGUGUGUUCAUCCAGACAAAUUACAACAACGGGGUGCAAGUAUUCAGCAAAAGUAUAUAUGUGAGAAGGUCUUUGAUCUACUAAAGGAAGCUUGGAACAAAUUCAACUCAGAAGAACGGUAGUCCGAGGUCAUUGUCUAGUAAAAGAAACUAAUAAAUCUACAACUUUUUGGCUGCAACCCGUGUAACUUCAGUAGUCCCGGUAAGUGUACCCGUCAUGCUCAUCAAACAUGUAUAGUUUUUGAAUCCCACUCGUAAAGUCAAAGCAGAUUCAUAGUGAAUCGAUUCAACUGAAUGAGAUAUAGAGUCGUCUUGUUUGAACAUCGGAGCCCUCUAUUCUGUGUAUGAAAAUGUUAAAUUGAAGGAAGCUUCAAGGAAUUCAAGGAAGAAAGGGAAACAGGUCAAUCAUUGAUUCAUUUUUGUAAGUGAAAAUGGCCAGUAUCAUUUCGAAGCGCACAUUUUAAAUGUGGAAGUGAAGCACGUGCGAGGAAACCUCCUGCUGUUUUGUUGAUCAUAUUAUUAACAGAAAGAAAGUCAAAUAAAGUGGUAGGUGAGCCCACCUUCCAAAA